AUGGGUCGCAUGCACAAUCCAGGAAAGGGUAUGGCGAAAUCCGCCAUCCCAUACCGUCGCUCGGUUCCAUCAUGGCAAAAACUCACCGCCGAAGAUGUCCAAGACCACAUCGUCAAGCUUGCCAAGAAGGUUUGCGAAAGAUCAGAGGAGUUAUUCAGUGCGAUUCUGAUAACUACCAUACGAUCACAAUAACUGGAUUCAUGCAGAAUUCCUUGGUAUAGGGAGUCAGGGUUGGAAUACCUGCAUGAGUUCAGAAGGGCCGUUUAUCGUACCUAAAAGUGCGCCACUCGGUUACCUUUUACUUGCAUAUGACAAGAUUAAACGUCUGAUUUUGCAGGGUCUCCGUCCAUCCCAAAUCGGUGUUAUCCUCAGGGAUUCCCACGGAGUUGGACAAGUCCGCCGUCUUGCCGGAAACAAGAUCUUCCGUAUCUUGAAAUCCAAGGUUGGUUUUUGGGACAGUUAGAAUACGCUCCUUAAAAGCACUGGUUAUCGGAUCCAAUCUUAUCCAUGCCAGCCGUCAAAUGAGAGCAAUAUGAAACAUCUUGUUUUUGGGUGAGGUGCGACUAAAUCAGGUCGUGUCUCAAUAACACGAUGACAAUCCAACCAAUUUUCCCUUUCCCCCAACUUUAUCUAACCAAUUUUUUCCAGGGAAUGGCUCCAGAGCUCCCAGAAGAUUUGUACCACUUGGUCAAGAAAGCCGUCGCCAUCCGCAAGCAUCUUGAGAGAUCUCGCAAAGAUAUCGACAGCAAAUACCGUCUCAUUUUGGUCGAAUCACGUAUCCACCGUUUGGCCAGAUACUACAAAACCAAGAAACAACUCCCACCAACCUGGAAGUACGAGUCAGCCACCGCUGCUUCCCUCGUCUCAUAA